CCAUUCAUCGAUUUCCCAUUCACCGAUUCCCCAUUCCUUGUUUUAAAGAUAGCCGCCUGAAAUCUAGACAGGUUGAUAAGAGAUUUAUUGAAUGAACUAAAGUGUCUAGAAAAAAAUUCCACGGUUACCCACUGUAAUGAUAUCAGUGAAGAUGAUGAUGAUGAAACCGUUUGCACUGGGCUGCAAAAACCUUUCAGAUCUUUCGGCUUCAAAUUUUCCGCUACCAAAAUGAUGGUAGUAGCUUGACAGUUUGAUUCCGUAUGGCAUGUUGGAACUCAUAGGAACAUGCUUUAGAAGCCUUCAGUCACGUUAAACAUUCGUUGAAGAUGUUUAACAUUUUGAAACACCGUGUGUGGAAUAGUUUCGGACACAGCAUGCCACAUAACUGUUUUUGACACAUUUUGGCCCUCAUUUAUACUGAGCGUAUUUUAUCACAACAGCUUUAUCAAUUCUUUGAGGAUGAAUUAUUUGUCUGCUUCCUGUCCGAACCACAGCUGUCAGGCUGCAUGCUUUUGCCUCGUCCCAGGUCUUCCGCGCCAAGGAAAAUAAAAAUAAAAACCCGCAAAAAGUAAAAAGUAGGAGCGCAGGCUCAACCCUGACCGCGUUCCGCGCCCGUCUCUCUUUCAUCCGCCGAUCGCGCUUCAGUCCACAUGAACUUUAUUUUAUCAGUCAGGCUCAAGUCGUUUGGCUUGUGUAGAGUCAAGAGGCAGCUUAUUGGUAUCAAGACGUUACUUUACUGAACGAUUUCAUUACUUUACUGAGCGAGACAUUGCCGGCAAGGCCGAGGUUUGAGAUUUUCCCGUAAAGACCGAACGUUCGAGGUUCAUAAGAUAUGGCUUUUUGCUUUGUCUUUGUAGGUCCGUAAUCGUCGGCGGGCAUUACGAGAGAAUAAUGCCCUAGAAUUAGCCGGUCAGAGGGCGCGUUAUAUCGACUACAAACACGAGCUAUGUAAUAAAAAAGGUUUAACAAAUGUUUGCAAGAUUGGGAUGAGACUGUUUGAAUCGUUUGAGGCCCCAAGAAAAUAUUUCUUUAUUAAUAGUUUCUUUUUUUCAGGUGCUUUGUGUAGUGAAAUUGAUUGGAUCACAAUGGAUAUAGAAGGCAUAUUUUUCAACACUACAACAUUGACCACAGGACAGAACCUGACUUCCAACGCGUCCGCCGCUGGCUUUGCCCUCAGUCCAGGCUUUAUCACCGCAGUCACCGUUUAUGCCGUCGUAAUUUUUAUUGUAGCCGUGAUCGGUAACUCUUUGGUAAUAUACAUCGUGAGCGCGCGAGAAUAUAUGAGAAACUCAACCAAUAUACUGAUCGCCAACAUGGCGGUAGCGGAUAUUUUAAUGGCUUGUAUUUUCCCUUACAUGCUCAAAUGGCUUUACGUGAUGAGUCUGUGGUUUGGAACGUUCAUGGGAACAGCUCUGUGCAAGUUCUUUCAUUCCGCUCAAGUUCUCUCCAUCGCCUGUUCUGUGAUAAACCUUGUCUUUAUAAGCCUUGAUCGAUGCAUUGUCAUUUGGUUUCCUUUACGACGAAUCUUCACAAACAAAGUUCUGAAAGCGUCUCUUGUAGCGAGUUGGAUUUAUUCGCUUGCUUUCGCUAUGCCACUGAUCGUGAUGACCACGACACGCCGUGAUGCCGAGGGAUCUUAUCACUGUCGCGAAUUCAACUGGCCCACUCCACGUGCUAAAAUUGACUACACAACAGCUUUUACGAUUUGUUCGUAUAUUGUGCCCCUCGUCAUUAUUACUAUUGCAUACAUUCUAAUUGCCGUUAAACUUUGGAAGCGGGAAUUACCGGGUCAUCAGACACUGGAAUAUCAAAAGAAAGCCCACGAAACGACCAAAAAAGCCAUUACAAUGCUAGUCACAGUAGUGGCCGUGUUUGCACUGUGUUGGCUUCCACUGCAAGCGCGAGAAUUUAUGCUGAACUAUUUCCCUGAAACGAUCUCACUCUUUCCUAUAGAACUAGAAGCCUUUCUUCCGUGGAUCGGUGUUUUGAACAGCGCCAUCAAUCCUUGCUUGUAUGUGAUCUUUUCUGAGAACUUUCGUCGCGAGUUUGGUCGAAUUCUUUGUUGCGUGAAAAGUAACCGCCCCGAUGCGUAUUUGGGGAUCCCAGCUUCAAGGGCCACGCCCAUGACUACGCCCGUUUUAUCUCGGCGCCAUCUGUCAGCUACCAAUGUACAUGAAACUGUUCCUCUACGCCAUUUAACAGUAAAUGGUAAAUAGACUGACUUGUUUAUCGAAUUUACACGUUGCAUAGAGAAAGGAUGAUCCUAAACUUCAUUUGCUUGCUUGUUACUUUUACUGCCUUUUCAAAGUGAACGUCGGUUUUGAUAGUGAUGAGGCGAGUGUACGUAACACAGAAGUGCUGGCACAAGGCAAUUUUCCUCGUAACAAUCAUCGAGGAAUACUCAUCGUGAAAUUAACAUUUUAAUUUUGUAAACAAUCCUGCCGAUCAUUACGAAAUGCGUGAAACAAAAUCUGCGAUCCAUUCAGGUUCAAAUUGGGAGAAGGGAGGGUAAUACAAGGCAACAUAAUAAAUUUAAUUGAAUAAGAAAAUGGCGACGGCGGAAAAUUUGAAACCGUCCAAAAUUAUUUAUUUUUUAUGAACAAGUUAAUCUGAUCAGCCUCCGAAGUAUUUUUUGGUUUCUACUGAUUUAAUUUCAAAAUUGCAGUGAUCGUACAUGAAAUAAAUUUUGAAAUUCAUUUUAUUAAUAUAUCACUGAUAAUUUAAGUUAAGUUAUUUUUGAAUCACAGGUCAGAACAGUGUGCAUACGAUUGCUUGUGAAUUGGAACUAGUGUUAUAUCAGAAAAAGGCUCGUGUGCUAUUAUUUGUUUAGUUCAGGAAGCGUUUGUGCAUUUUUCACAUGUUAGGUGUUGAAGUCUGUCACGUCAGUACUUCGUGGAGAAGCGCGAAGUCACGCUUCACGCAAGAAUCUGAGGUCUUCAAUUUCUCCAAGCUUUUUCCUCUUCUUUUUACAUUUUCUCUUAAAUUUAUUUAUACCGAUGGUUGUGUUAUCAACAAGAUUAAUCAUUGUGUUUAGUCGGAUAUCUUAUAAACCAAGCAUGUAAGCUUGUUUGCUCUUUCUCAUUUUGAUUGGUCUUUCAUGGCCUUGGGAGCAGGGCAUUGUUCACGUGGAAUUGCUGUUUCAAAGCGAGACAUUUGUGUGGUAUUGUAUAACUUUGUUUAUUUAGUCUGAGCAAAUAUGACAAAAAAAACCCAACCAACUAAACAACAACAACAAAAAUAAAAACAAAAUAAAAUGACAGUUUGGAAAGCAUCCAGUCGCAAAUGGAAGAAUUGUCAGAUAAAUCACUCGCCAGGAAAAAGAUUUUUUCAAUCUGACGUUUGAACUUGACUUUCAAAUUGUUUUCUAACUUCUGCUUGCACGUGCCGAGAAAACAGCAUUAAAAUCAAAUAUAAAAUGGGACUAUGUGAGUUAGUCUUUUAUUUUAAGUAUUUAAAAACUUAUUUGUCGUAUUAAAGACCGAAUUUCCCUACAACUUGAAAGUACACAAAUUUACUGGCUUAUGUAUAAAAUCUUUGUAAGAAAAAAAGAAAUUAAAUUGCACUCUGUCGUGUGGUCAGUCGGGAGUUGUUGUGUCUUCCCUUCUUAGGUCGAGGUAACCGGAGACAUUCGUAGUGGAUGGGCCAUUACAUUUUCGAGGGGAAGGCUGGGCAAUUUCCAAAACAAUUCAUGCACAGAAAAAACUGCUGAAAAAAAAAAAAAA